AAGACUCCAAGUCGAUUGUGAUUACUAUUCCUCUCUCUCUCUCUCUCUCUCUCUCUCUCUCUGUUUCUACGUUACGUGACAUUAAUCCAAUCCACUGUCUAAAUCAGAACAGGAAGUGAGGAACAACCAAGAUUUGUCAUUUUGUUUUCUCGGACGGGGGGAUGGGGUGUUUCAUACGUUUUGGCAUUUCAGAAUUGGCGUACGUGAGAUGAGAGACAAGUGUGGGGGGUGAUGAUCCCUAUGGUUCUUGAACUUGGAAUUUGGAACAUCAUCAAAACCUGCAAAAAUAAUCGCCGGAGAAUGCCAAAAAGCCCAGAAAAUCCGAAAAUCAUACGUAGCAGAAAUUAACGGAGACUUUUUUCCUUUUCCUCUCCUCAGUGGGAAGAAAGAUGAGAUGCUGUUCUCGGCCCCACCAUUAUUUCUGGGUGUCCAUCAACUUUUUUUUUCCUCCUCUUCUGAUUCUCUCACUAUAAUGUCUUCAUCAGCACCUUCGCUUUCUCUCUCUAUAUAGACAAAAAUACAGUAUCACUUUUCUUCUGCUUUCUAUCUUCACUGCUGUUUCUUCCAUCCUCCUUGGUCUAUAAUGGCUGCCCCCACAACAUUAGUCACACCGACUCCUAAUUUUCUGUGUGUGGAUAGAAGGGUCGGUGUUAUUCAAUCCUAAAGUAAAAAAGGGUUUGAGUGGUCAUAGCAGGAACGCAAACUUGGUACAUUGAAUUCGAACAAUCUCCAAUUAUGGCAAAUAAAUCACCGAGAUACUCUUUGCAAUACAAGAAAGACCAGGCAGGUUGUAUCUGGGGCUUCAUUAACAUCUUUGACUUCCGCAAUGGUCGUUCCACUAGAAAGCUACUUGCAGAUGGAAGACAAGUUAGCGGACAAGUUGCAGGUGCCAGUUCAAGUAUGAAGCUUAAAAUACCGAAUCCCAGUGAGAAGAGUUUUAAGGUCAAGAUCCAGGAUGAUGACGAAAGUGAGGCAGCAACACUCGACUCCAAGACAAGUGUAAAGGAACUCAUGGAAGAAGAAAUGUUUGGCGAGGCAAGCCCGAAGGAUGAGAGAAACGAUGUUGAAAUCCAACCAGAAGCGUUUAAUCCACACAAGGGGAGCCAUACAAAGAGGAAAUGCAAACGGACAUUUAGAACUUGUGAUAGGUCUAGAAGUAUGUCCUUAUCGGAUUUGGAUGAUGUCAAGAACGUUGGCUCUGAUGUCGAUGAUUUUCGAAUUAUGAUGGAAGAGCUUGGGCAGAUUCAUGUAAAAACCAAAAGUUUCAGAAAGAAAGAUCAAGGCCGCCCACUUCUUGAAGAAAAGUUAAGUGCAGCCAUUGAGAUGCUUGUAAACCAGAAGUGUAAGAACAGUAGACACUUUGAAGAAGACGAGACUGCUUAUAACUCCAAAGAGUUAAUGCAAAUAUUAAGUUCUAACAAGGAAUUAUGCUGGAAACUCUUACAAGAUCCAAAUUCUAGGCUGGUGAAUCACAUGGAAAGUUUAGAGGAUCGAGUUGAGAAAGGGAGGAAGUCUAACUCUAGGCUGAAAUCUAAUUCGAUGCAGAAAAAUGUAGUUCAUGCAAAGACAGAUGAAAUCGGGAAUUCAAAACGAGGCCACUUUUUUCGCAGGAGAAGCAAAUCUCAAGAAAGCUAUCCUUUAAUGGAAGAUGAAAGAUCCCGGCCCUCUAGCAAAAUUGUAAUUCUAAAACCGGGACCAGCUGGCUUGCAAUUCCCAGGUUCUCCAAUCGAUGUUAGCUCAUCAGUACACUCUCCUCAUAAGUUGCAGAAUGGGAAAAGCUCAUCCCACUUCUCGUUCACCGAAAUUAAAAGAAGGCUAAAGAAAGCCAUGGGAAAAGAAUGCCAAGGGAUCUCUCGUGAAGAAAUAGUUCAUAAAAAGCACAGUGAUAUUGAUAAAGGGACCAGUGGAGAAAAUAUUGGAUGGAGCUCUCCCAACCGAAACCAUUUUUACACCGAGAGAUUUGCCAGGCCUUCCCCCAUUCACUUCAAGAAAGAGAAGCCAAAAGACAUUGAAGAAGCUACAAUAAAUGAAGCAUCUAAUUAUCCCAAGCUCGAGAUAUCAGACAUCUAUCUUGAAGCUAAGAAACAUCUCCUGGAGAUGCUGGAUAAUGGGGAAAAAGACGAAGAGUUAAUUAGCGAAAAGCUUCCUAAAUCCUUAGGAAGGAUCCUUUCUCUUCCCGAGUACAACACUUCUCCUAACUGCAGUCCUAGAAAGUGUACUGACUCUAACUUAGAGAGGCAUUCUUCUGCUGCAGAAAUCAAUUCUGAACAGUACAUAAAAUUGGCAAAUGGAAGCCUUGAUAUUCCACGUGAACUUAAUUGUGACAAUUUGUUGGGAAAAAUUGUUUCUCCUACUAAAGAUGAAGUGGCUGUUGAAGGGGUUCUAGAUACGGAAGAACCAGCUCUAACUGGAUACCCGGAGGAUGGAAAAGUCUUAGAUGCAUCUUGUAAACCAAUUAGUUUUUCAAUUACUAUAGACAGUGGAAGUGCUGAUGUUACGGAAGCCUCCUCCCCGAGCUUGAAACUGGCAUCUGAAUGCUUAUCAGAUUCAUAUGGGGCAAAAGAAGCUUUUUCUCUGCACUCAUCUGACGCUAGAAAAGUUGAAUAUCGUGAGAAUAAUGUGAUGGAUAGAAUGGAGCAACCUAGUCCCGUUUCUGUGCUUGAGCCAUUAUUUCCCGAGAAUGACAUCAAUCCUGCAAUCACAGUUGAACUCGAAAUUCAACCUCAGAAACUCAAUUUUGAGGAACCCACAGCAACUUCUCUUGACCAACAACUUUAUACACUGACUUUUCUGGAAAAUGAGGAAUCUGCGUUUGAAUACGUAGAGGCAGUACUGCUAGGUUCAGGGUUGAAUUGGGACGAAUUUCUUUUAAGCUGGCUUUCCUCAGAUCAGAUUCUUGACCCAUCACUGUUUGAUGAAGUAGAUUUACUUUCUGAUUGCUCCUGUCGAAAGCUCCUUUUCGAUUCUACUAACCAAGUCCUUACUGAGGCAUGUGACCGCUAUUUUGGCUGCUUCCCCGUUAAACACAACCUUCGGCCACUCCCAAAGGGGAUGGACUUAAUCAAUGAGGUAUGGAUAGGGAUUGAAUGGUAUCUUCUCAAGACUCCACCGCCUCAUUCUUUGGAUCAACUCGUCGAAAAAGAUAUGGGAAGGCCCACCGCGCCAUGGAUGGAUCUUAAAUCUGAUGUCCAAGACAUUGGCAUUACAAUCGAAGCAGCUAUUUUUGAGGAGUUGAUGGGGGAAACUCUUUCGAGCUUUGCAAACCACACUUCAGAGAGUGAAAUUGAGAUUAGCAUUAAUUAGCCAAGAAAAAGCAAAGAAGAGUGAAAUUGACCUUUAGCCGGUAUGCAAUGUAAAGUUCACGUGAUAACUUUUCAAGCCAAAACUUCAUGCUCCCAUGACAGGAACAAUGGGCAUCUGCUUCAUAAAUAUUUGGCACACGGUCCAUUCGAGCAAGCAGGAUCACGAAAACUUCACUGACUUCCUGCUGGUCAUAUAGUGAUAAAGGUAAAGGGGUUCUCAUAACAGUGCAGAAUUUGUAGGUUCUGGUCUGCUGUGUGGUAUUUUCAGUUGUUCUGAUAGAUUUUGAUUUUUCUCCUAUUUUCUGGGUUUAGGGGGGAAGUUCUCACUUGUUUGACAUAGACAGGCUUCUUUUCUUUUAUUUUCUUAUAAACUUUAC